AGAUCGCUGUCCGGAUAAACUCGGUGGCACCUGCGUUGUGGCGUAGGCUACAGGCUGUCUGCCCGCCUGCCCGAGCUGUCCUGAUAGCAUGUUAGGAACGAUGUCAACAGUGCGCGGAAGAACUUCCGUGGACGUCAUUUGUUUACAUUGGUGGAAUCAGGAAGCUGGCCAGGUCGCGCUGCCGUACCUUGUUGUAGCCAGUUAGACUAGCUAGGUAGCGUAGUUAACUUGGACACGGAAGAUGUGAUGGUUUGGAAGAAUACAAAAACGUUUAAUGACGAGACAAAAUGGAGGUACAUAUUCUACGUGGUCUGCUUAUUUUCAUUCUUGCAGUUGCCGUUAUCAGUGACGAACCCGGAAGUGAGCUGACGUUUGUGUCCGAGUUGUCUUCCAAGCCGUCCCAGAAGCUGUCCCGGUACGGUUGGUAUGGUAACGUCCGCCUGCACCAGUUCCAGGUCCCACCGGAUGUGGCGGUCGCUCGCUGGCUUUUCUCCGUGACCAAAGGCAGCGGCUUCCACUGUGGACAGCACAACGUGACUGUGUACAUCAGCUGGGGUUCUCCUCCAGUGAUAGAUCCGUUGUCUUUUGCGUUCCCCAACAACACUGUGUGGACCCCUGCGCUAUCCAUGACCCUCCCAGUGACCAUACACACCUCAACAACCUUUAACCUCUCCAACCCUGCCCCUGGAGACUGGUACUUGGCGGCACACCUGCCUAGAGAUGACGGACGUAUAGAGCAGAAGGGUUUUCCAUCCUGCUCUUACUACUUCCAGCCCCAGCUGUCAAUCAGGAGAGCUGUGGACACGCCCAUACUAGUGCAGGCCACGGCCCUUGCCCAGACUGCUUCUAUAGCCAGACCGGCCCUGCUCAAGGUCUUUGUUCCAGAGUUUGUCUCCUCUCUCACGGUGUCAGUGACUGGCUGCACCUUGAGUGCGGGGCUAGAGGCUUGUUCACUAGUACUGAAGCUAGGCUCCUCCUCUUUAAGGGAGGGGCUUGUGAGUGUGAACUGCUCAGCCAUUGGCUGCUCUGCUACUCUGACCACGCCCCCGUGGAAUGCCUGGGUCAGAGUUGUUGUGGAGAGUGUCCUUGACAACCGUACUGCUACCUUCAGCAUCAUGGCUAACAGCACAGUGGUGUGUAAACCCAGCAGCGAAGGUCUCAAGGGAGACAAUGACAUCAUCAAGCUCCGUGGCAGAAGCAUCUUGCCGUUUCAAGGCAACAUGUCUGUUGUUUCCGAGGCGGGUGUCCAUGGCAACAUGUCGUCAGGGUGUGUGUGGUACGUCCCGGUGCUAAGGGAGGAGCUGGAUGUCUUGUCUCUCCACUUCACUCCUGUAAACGGCCCCGCCGUCAAUGUCACACACACACACCACACCCUGCUCAGCUACCCGCUCAACACACACUCUAGCGGGGGCAUCCUCAACCUGCUGCUGACCCUCAACACCACUAACAUGACAGGUGGCAGUGUGGAGGCCUGCUUCUCUCCCAGGAGCCCCAGACUGAACACCAAUCUUUCCCAGCACUGCCACACAGGGUUGUAUGCAGGACACACUCUCAGGGUGAAGCCCACAGCUCAGAAGGCGGUCGUUAGAAUCCCCUUUCCCAUGUCUGCUACCUGGUACCUCUCUCUGCUGCUUACCUGCAACAGCAGUGACUGUGGUGCAGUGCCGGUGGUUGCCGUGGUACCAGAAGUGCACGUAAGCUCAUGUGUGGAAGACUGUGGAACACUGGGAGAAUGUCGCCUCCUCCGCUCCAACAGCUUCCUGUACGCUGCCUGUUCCUGCAAGGCUGGGUGGAGUGGGUGGGGCUGCACUGACGGCUCAUCGGCGCUGUCCUACGGUCGCCAGGUAACGGCCGUUCUUCUGCUCACGCUCAGUAACCUCCUCUUCAUCCCUGCCAUCGUGGUUGCUACGCAACGCUGCUACUUCACCGAGGCUGCUGUAUACCUCUUCACAAUGUUCUUUUCCACGUUCUACCAUGCGUGUGACCAGCCUGGUGUUGCGGUUCUGUGCAUCAUGGACUACGACGCGCUGCAGUUCUGUGACUUCCUGGGUUCCGUGUGUUCCAUCUGGGUCACCAUCCUCUGCAUGGCCCGCCUCCCAGACACUCUCAAAUACACUCUGUUCAUGUUAGGUGCGAUGCUGAUAGCCAUGUCGCUGCAGCUGGACAGGAGAGGUCUGUGGAACAUGCUGGGACCCGUGCUGUGUGCUGCUCUGGCCAUGCUGUCCACCUGGGUGUACCGGGGGGUGAGCAGGCGACAGUGUUACCCCCCCUUGUGGCGUCGCUGGGUGUGUUUCCUGCUGCCUGGUCUGGGCAGUGCGCUGGUGGGGGUGUGUCUCUACGUGUUCGCUGAGACGGAGGACAACUACCUGUACAUACACUCCCUGUGGCACAUGCUGGUGGCCGUCAGUGUGGUGUUCCUGCUGCCGCCUCGACACACACACACACACCCCUGGGGGUCCUGGUGGCCGCGUGUCUGUGGAUACACACUCUGCCAGGGCACCAAGGACGAGCUGUACACUGUCACUUAGAACACAAACACUAAACACCUCACACACUUCACACACAACAUCAUUGUUAAUCACUGGUGCUCUUUCUUCUGACCAAUCAUGUCUUCCUCCUGUCUCUGUACCCUCCAUCCUUGUACCCUCCACCCUCAUCCCCUCCACCCUCAUCCUCUACACCCUCAUCCCCUCCACCCUCAUCCCCUCCACCCUCAUCCUCUACACCCUCAUCCCCUCCACCCUCAUCCUCUACACCUUCAUCCCCUCCACCCUCAUCCUCUACACCCUCAUCCCCUCCACCCUCAUCCCCUCCAUCCUCAUCCUCUACACCCUCAUCCCCUCCACCCUCAUCCUCCACACCCUCCACACCCUCAUCUCCUCCACCCUCAUCCUCCACACCCUCAUCCUCUACAUACUCUACAAAGCAACAUUUUUAAAGCACUUUCCAUAAUGACAGAAAUAAAGUGUGUGUAUGGGGCUUAUUAUCAUGUGUUUAAAUAAGGACUGGUAAUGAAUGUAAAUAUAUUUCUGAUUAGUUAUUGGUGACUCAUUUUCCACUGUCUCUCAGUCUGAAUCUCUCUCCAUGUCUGAAUCUCUCUCUCUCGCUCUCUGUAUUUUAAUAUCUCUUUUCUCUAUGUCUCCUCUUUCCCUCUGUUUCCAUCCCUUUCGCACCUGUGCAAAAGGAUAAAUGUACAUGUUUAUUUGCACAUGAUUGUAAAUGUUUUAUGCAUGUGCUUUCUUUGUUCCUUCUCUCCUUUGUGGGUCAACAUUCUAGUGUGCGUAGACAUUCUAGUGUGUGUAGACAUUCUAGUGUGUGUAGACAUUACAGGAAGAUGGAAGAUACAAUUAAUUAUAUUCGAUUUUAAUAUAUU